AUGCGACACCUCAGCGCGCAGCACCACUCGCAGGACGAGCUGGGUCAGUACAACUACGGCUACGCCGACAUCAACUCGGCCAAGAACGAGGUGAAGACGGCCGACGGGGUGGUGCGCGGCUCCUACAGCUACGUGGACGCCUACGGCCUGCCGCAGAAGGUCGACUACGUCUCGGACGCGCUGGGCUUCCGCGUGGCGGGCACCAACCUGCCGGUGGGCCCGGCCGGCCCGGGUCACGUGGCCGACACGCCCGAGGUGGCCGCCGCCAAGUCGGCCCACUUCGCCGCGCACGCCGAGGCUCUGGCUCGCACCGCUGUCCACUGA